AUGCCCCUCAAAGGGCCCCAAAAAAGACUCGAGGGGGCCCCCCAGGGGCCUCCCUGCAUGCAGCUGGGGGGCCCCGCAGCAGCUGGGGGGCCCCAGAAGCGCGGGGGGCCCCCAGGGGCCCCUUCUUUUGUGGCUUUUCUUUUUGCUGCUGCUGCCUGCUGCUGCCUCUGGGCCCUUGCUGCAGAGGCUGCGGUGCUGCAGGUGAGCAGCUCUCACUGGGGGCCCCUCCCGCUGCUUCAGCAGCAGCAGCAGCAGCAGCAGCAGCAGCAGCUGCAGCAGCAGCAGCAGCACAGUUUGAGAACCCUCGCGAUCCCCUUAACGAGAAGGGGGUCCCCACCUCUAAGGGUGGGUAGGGUGGAUGCAGCAGCAGCAAAACGAAGGCAUGGGGGCCCCCAUGGGGCCCCCCGAAGGGCCCCAUUGGCUGCAUGCAGCCGGGGGGCCCCCAGCGGGGCCUUUAUUGUCUCUCUUUGGGGGCCCCGGGGCCCCUCCAGAGUCUUUGCUGCUGCAGCAGCGGGGCCCCAGGGGGCCCAGUGGGGCCCCAACUUGAAGAAAAAGGGCCUCCCUUUGGCAGCCUCUGCCACAGCAGCAGCAGCAGCAGCAGCAGAGGGUCCGGCAGCAGCAGCGAGCGAGGGGGAAGCAAAAGCAGCAGCAGCAGCAGCAGCAGCAGCAGCAGCAGCUGCUGCUGCUGCAGCAAAGGAGGAAGAAGAAGCAGCGGUAAGCAUUGCCCGCGCUGCCUCAGCUUCCGCAAAGGCGGACGCGUUGGCGGCGGAGCGCGCAGCAGCAGCAGCAGCAGCAGCAGAAGCAGCAGCAGCAGCAGCAGCAGCACGGGGCAGCCGCCCCUACCACUUCUUCCAAGCCGACCUUCCUGGAGACAGUCUCCUUACAAGGCCUUAUCCUUCUCUAGAAGACCCCCCCUCGAACUUGCCCCCCCUUGGCCUGGGGCAUUUGCCCACGGAGGCCCCAGGGGGCCCCCCGGGGGGCCCCCCGGGGGGCCCCCCAAGUCCCACGGGGUCCCUCGGGGGCCCCUCUGGGGGCCCCCCAGUGGCCCUGGGGGCUUCCGGGCCCCCCCCUGGGCUCCCCCAGGGCCCGCCGGGGCCCCCCGGGGGCCCCCCCGGGACGCUGGGGGCCCCCCCCGGGGGCCCCCCAGAGUCCGGGGGCCCCCCCGGGGGGCCCCCCGGGGGGCCCCCCGGGAGGCUGGGGCCCCCCGGGGCCGGCGUGGGGGCCCUGGGGCAGGGGGGCCCCCUGUGGAACGUGCUGGGGCAGGAGAAGGCGGCAGUGGAGGCCGCAGUGGAGUUGGAGAAGAAGUUCGUGGAAAGGCGAUGGCUGGAGAGAUUGGCUGCGACGCAGAAGGCGGCGGAGACGCAGCAAAGGGCCGCCAGGCAGCAGCAGCAGCAAAAGCUGCAGGCAAUGGGGGCCCCCAAAUGUACGCAACAGGGGGGCCCCCGGGGCCCCCGGGGCCCCCGGGGCCCCCGGGGCCCCGGGGGGGCCCCCGGGCUUGGGUUUCUUUGGGUUUUUGGGGUUCUUUGGACUUCUUUUGGGUUCUUUUGGACUUCUUUUGGGUUCUUUUGGACUUAA